AUGCAAGCCUUUCUCGACACUCUUGUAUCUGCUCUCACGCUCUCUGCCUUUGUCUCUGCUACCGGCAUGAGUCUCCAGCCACGCAACUGCUUCUUCACUUACUGCGACUGUAAGCAAUUCAGUUGUAGUCUAACAUUCUGCUUUGAUGACCAUGUCAACCCAUGGGUCCUUAUUGAUAACGCUAUGUCACCGAAUUACGGUGACGACUGCGGCUCAUUGGAGAACUGGGAUCGAGUCAACCCAGCAGAAUGGUGUGAUAACGGAUUACGCAAGGCGACUGGACAAUUUGCGAUUUGGAGAAAAUAUGGGUCAAAGUCGCCAGACUUUACCGUCAACUACAAAAAUACUACCGAUAGUCCAAAUCGAGGAAGUGUAUCCGCUACCUGCCGCGGUGUACAGACGGUGGAUUGCUCAGGUCAUGGUCAAUACAAUAAGACCAAACAUGAUUGUUCAGGAUCUUGA